CACUCCUUUCUGGUAAUCCCUGAAUGCCCAGCCCCGCUCCUGGGGCGAGAUUUGCUGACCAAACUAAAGGCACAGGUCCAGUUUACAUCUGAAGGCCCUGAAAUUAGCUGGGGGAAUGGACUCGGCUCAAUUGCCUGCCUAGUUUUAAGCUCCGAAGAAGAAUACCGCUUACAUGAGCCAAAAGCUAAGGGCCUUUUGGGACAGAAAUGGCUAGAUGAGUUUCCCCAGGUAUGGGCCGAGCAGGCGGGGAUGGGGCUGGCAAAACAGGUGCCUCCCGUUGUGGUCGAAAUGAAAGCCGAUGCCACCCCAGUCUCGGUUAGACAAUACCCUAUGAGUAAGGAAGCUAAAGAAGGCAUUCGGCCACAUAUUCAGAGACUCUUGGCCCAAGGGAUCUUCGUGCCUUGUCAGUCCCCAUGGAAUACACCCCUCCUGCCGGUCCGUAAACCAGGGACAAAUGACUAUCGACCUGUUCAAGAUUUAAGAGAAGUUAACAAACGGGUACAGGACAUACAUCCUACUGUCCCUAACCCUUAUAACUUGUUAAGUUCAUUACCACCCGAAAGAAAUUGGUACUCAGUGCUAGAUCUUAAAGAUGCUUUCUUCUGCCUCCGGCUGCAUCCCAGCAGCCAGCCCCUAUUCGCCUUCAAGUGGAGAGACCCAGAGGGAGGACACACAGGCCAACUAACCUGGACCAGGCUGCCACAAGGAUUCAAGAAUUCUCCUACCCUCUUUGAUGAAGCCCUCCAUCGAGACCUUGCGCCCUUCCGGGCCAACAAUCCCCAGGAAUCCCUUCUUCAGUAUGUAGAUGACCUGCUUCUCGCUGCUCAAACCCGCGAGACAUGCCUAAAAGGAACUAAGAAACUCCUGGCCGAAUUAGGUGAGUUGGGGUACCGGGUUUCGGCCAAAAAGGCCCAACUAUGCAGAACCGAAGUCACCUAUUUGGGGUACACUCUUCGGGAUGGUAAACGAUGGCUCACUGAAGCUCGGAAAAAGACUGUAAUGCAGAUCCUGACCCCGACCACCCCGCGGCAGGUACGUGAAUUCUUGGGAACAGCGGGCUUCUGUAGACUGUGGAUACCUGGGUUUGCGACCUUGGCAGCCCCCCUAUAUCCUUUGACCAAAGAGGGACUCCCCUUUGCCUGGACUGAAGACCACCAGAAGGCGUUUGACGCUAUCAAAAGGGCUCUCCUAGAGGCCCCGGCUCUGACUCUGCCAGACUUAACUAAGCCCUUCACCCUGUAUGUUGAUGAGCGGGCAGGAGUGGCCCAGGGCGUUUUGACACAGGAACUAGGGCCGUGGCGGAGACCGGUGGCCUACUUGUCGAAAAGGCUAGACCCUGUGGCUAGUGGAUGGCCAACUUGCUUAAAAGCCAUAGCGGCAGUAGCAUUGCUCGUCAAGGACGCUGAUAAGCUCACCAUGGGACAGCAUGUGACCAUUAUUGCCCCCCAUGCUUUAGAGAGCAUUAUCAGACAACCCCCAGAUUGAUGGAUGACCAAUGCCAGGAUGACCCACUACCAAAGCCUGUUGCUGCAUGAUCGGGUAACGUUUGCACCCCCUGCCAUCUUGAACCCCGUCACGCUUCUGCCUCUAGAGGGAGAUCCUGCUCCUGUUCACAGGUGUGUUGACAUCUUAGCAGAAGAAACUGGAAUGAGAAGAGACCUGACCGAUCGACCUUGGUCAGGGGCACCGAACUGGUACACUGAUGGCAGCAGCUUUGUGGUAGAUGGAAAAAGAAAGGCGGGGGCAGCGGUGGUAGAUGGGAAGCAGACAAUCUGGACAAGUGGCCUCCCGGAGGGCACCUCAGCCCAAAAAGCUGAGCUUAUAGCACUGACACAGGCCCUACGCCUAGCGGAGGGCAAGACCAUUAACAUCUAUACGGACAGCCGCUAUGCAUUUGCCACCGCCCAUGUCCAUGGAGCCAUAUAUAGACAAAGAGGCCUUCUCACUUCAGCAGGAAAAGACAUUAAAAACAAUGAAGAAAUUCUGGCACUCUUAGAGGCCAUACAUUUACCAAAAAAGGUAGCUAUUAUACACUGCCCUGGGCAUCAGAAGGGGACAGGCCCGGCUGCUCAAGGGAAUCGGAUGGCUGAUGCUGCUGCGAGACAAGCGGCCCAAGGGGUAAUAGUCCUGACUGGAAAGACUGGUUCCAAAGAGGGAGCUGAUCCUCUCCCCUAUUUCUUUCCAGGAAAAAUUAAAUUGACCCCUGAGGAGGGACAAGAAUUCAUAAGAGGACUACAUCAGUUCACCCAUUUAGGGACUGACAAGAUGGUAAAGUUAAUACAGGGUAAUUCUAGAUUCCAGAUCCCAGAGCUAAAAAAGGUCGCACAGGAAGUGGUCAGUAGGUGUCGGGCCUGUGCUUUCACUAAUGCUACAAAAUCAUAUAAAGAACCAGGAAAGAGACAACGAGGGAACCGCCCAGGAGUAUACUGGGAAGUUGACUUCACUGAAAUCAAACCAGGAAGAUAUGGUAAUAAAUAUUUGCUAGUAUUUAUAGACACUUUCUCAGGAUGGGUUGAAGCUUUUCCCACCAAGUCAGAGACUGCUCAAGUGGUGGCAAAGAAGAUUCUAGAAGAAAUUUUGCCCAGGUUCGGAGUGCCCAAGGUAAUAGGGUCCGAUAACGGACCGGCCUUUGUUGCCCAGAUAAGUCAGGGGUUGGCCACACAGUUGGGCGUAAAUUGGAAAUUACAUUGUGCCUAUCGCCCUCAGAGCUCAGGACAGGUAGAAAGGAUGAAUAGAACUCUAAAAGAAACCCUGACCAAACUGGCCAUCGAGACCAGCGGAAAAGACUGGGUGGCCCUCCUUCCCUUUGCUCUCCUCCGGGUCCGAAGCACACCUGGACGCUUCGGGCUCACCCCUUUUGAGAUUCUUUACGGGGGACCGCCCCCCUUAACAGAGACUGGCGACAUUGGUUCCCGAUCAGGCUCUACCUUACCUUCUGUUUUGCUUGCUCAUUUAAAGGCUCUAGAAGUGAUCAGAAACCAGAUCUGGGACCAGAUCAAAGAAGCCUAUGCCCCAGGGACCACCGCAGUGCCCCACGGGUUCCAGGUCGGGGAUCAAGUUCUGGAGAGACAUCGAGCCGGCAGCCUUGAGCCUCGGUGGAAAGGGCCCUACCUGGUGUUAUUGACAACUCCCACCGCUGUAAAAGUGGAUGGAGUAGCUGCCUGGAUACACGCCUCGCAUGUCAAGAAGGCCCCUGCUCAAAAUGAAGACAGCCGGACAGAUAAAUGGACUGUGGCACCUACUGCCCCAGACCAGAACCCCCAUCAGCCACGAAAGCUGACAUGGGAAUUAGUGAAUGAAGAAAAAGAAACUGUGUGGUCAGUAACUGGCGCCCAUCCUUUGUGGACUUGGUGGCCCGACCUCACGCCAGACCUUUGCAUGCUGGCAUUGCAUGGCCAGGCUCAUUGGGGGCUGGAUAACCACCCUCCGCACUCUCCUCCCCCGGGACCCCCUUGUUGCUCAGGAAAUAAGGGGACCACACCGGGGUGCGCUAGAGAUUGUGAUGAGCCCCUGACUUCCUACACUCCCCGGUGCAAUACUGCCUGGAACAGAAUGAAACUAGCCCAAGUGACCCACAAUCCGAAGGAAGGGUUCUAUGUUUGCCCUGGGUCACAUCGCCCCAGGUGGGCCCGAUCAUGCGGAGGUCCAAAUGUAUAUUAUUGUGCCUCGUGGGGAUGUGAAACAACUGGCCGAGCAGCCUGGAAUCCUACUUCCUCUUGGGACUAUAUCUCAGUAGACAACAACUCGUCAUCCCCACAGGCCAAGGAGGUCUGUAGAAAUAAUGGCUGGUGUAACCCCCUUGCUAUACGAUUUACAGAUCCAGGAAAAAAGGUCACCUCCUGGAUUUCAGGCCAUAGUUGGGGCCUGCGUUUAUACAUAUCUGGGCAUGACCCCGGGCUCACUUUUGGGAUUCGUCUAAGAGUAGAGGAACUGCCCCCUCAGGUGGUGGGACCCAACCUGGUACUCGGCCAACGGUUACCACCCCCCAAACCAUCUAACCCGGCCCCUGCCCCAACCCCCGAGGCCUUGCUUUCUCCUACCCCUAUCCCACCAAUUUCCGCUCGGCUGUUUGGCCUUUUAGAUGGGGCCUUUUUAGCCUUAAACCGGACCGACCCCACUGUCACCCAAUCCUGUUGGAUGUGUUUUGCUGCCAAUCCUCCUUACUAUGAAGGUAUAGCACAAAGGGGAGAUUAUAAUACUACCGAAGAUCAUUCUCAAUGUCCAUGGGGAAACCAGCGAAAGUUGACUCUUUCGGCUGUGUCAGGGUCCGGUGUGUGCCUAGGACAGGUACCUGCUAGCCAUCGGUCUCUUUGCAAUAAGACAAUAACUAACCCCUCCAACAAUCCAAAUAGCUACAUUGUGCCCCCUCCUAACACCUGGUGGGCUUGCGGAUCCGGUUUAACCCCUUGCUUACACAUGGCAGUAUUUGAUGCCUCCUCAGAUUAUUGUGUGUUAGUACAGUUAGUCCCCAGGAUUAUUUAUCAUGAUGAUAGUUCCUUCCUUGAUGAGUUUGACCACCGCACCCGACAUAAGCGUGAACCUGUAACCUUGACUCUGGCAGUAAUAUUGGGCAUUGGAAUGGCGGCAGGGAUAGGGACUGGUACAACUGCCCUGAUCCAACAGCCCAUGUACUAUGAAGAACUUAGAGCAGCAAUGAACACCGAUCGGUGCGUUAGACAAACAGUUACAAAAUUAGAAGAAUCACUAACCUCGCUAUCCGAAGUAGUGAUGCAGAAUAGAAGGGGGUUAGACUUGCUGUUUCUAAAAGAAGGAGGGUUAUGUGCAGCCUUAAAAGAAGAAUGUUGUUUUUAUGUAGACCAUUCAGGGGUGAUUAAAGAUUCUAUGGCCAAGUUAAGAGAACGCCUAAAUGCUAGGAAGAGAGAGAGAGAAAGCAACCAGGGCUGGUUCGAGAGUUGGUAUAAUAAAUCCCCCUGGUAUACCACCCUACUGUCUGCUGUAGCCGGCCCCCUCCUUGUCAUCGUUCUCAUCUUGACUUUUGGGCCCUGCAUUAUCAAUAAAUUAGCUGAGUUUGUAAAAGAUAGAGUUAGCGCAGUACAGGUGAUGGUCCUCAGACAACAAUACAGAACCCUUCAAGAAGUGGAGCAAGAGCUCUAA